AUGACACAGCUAAUGUGCAGAGUAUCAUUUAGACCGCGAGGAUUUAUUGUCAGAUGUUUUAAUAAGAUUGUGAUGACAGACGAUGGAUCUACAAUAGUUGCUCUUCAUCGAGACGAGGAAUUUCCCUAUGAGCAUUCGAGGCCUCUACCGGACGAAAUAAAAAAAGAUGAUUCAGUUUUGAAAAUGACUGAUUACCAAGAAGUGAAGCGUGUGUUCAAAAGUUUGCCCGCAGAGAUGGCACGAAAACAACUUGCAAGUCUCACACUGACUACUGAACAUAAAUGGUUCCCAAGAGCAAGAGACAAAAAAGCUAAAAAGAAUGAAAUGAAUAGGCCCUAUUUGUAAAUUAGUUUUUUUGCAUUGUUACGUAGUUUAAUAUAUUAUAGCUUUAUAGUUAAUAAGAAUUUUUUUGUUUACAUAUAAAUUUAACUAUGAAAUAACCUUAAAUAAUUAUUUCACUAUGCAUAAUUCAAGAUUUGAUCCUUUAUUUUAGUAUGAGUAUUAUACUGUUGGCAGGCCAUUGUACUGAUCCUACACUCUACAUCACAAGGUCCAGCUGAUGAAUUGAAUUAAUUGCC